GUUUCUGGUUGCCUGUUUGGGCGCCAAGUAUGUUAUGUCAACUGUUCACCAGAACUUCGCCUCCUUGUUUGCCGCUUCUCUCCCGCCCACGGUUGUAUCACAAGAGGACACUUUGAGGCGCGACAGUCUCCUAACCUCACCAUGGAUUUUCUUUCUUUGUCAACACCUUUGUUGGUCCUGCUUGGUGCUCUCAAAGCAUGUGGGGUCGUGCUCCUACUUCUGCUCGCGAGGGCCAUCUAUUGGAUGUUCAACAUGCUGGUCGUCGCACCUCUUUUUGAUCCUCUCAAAAAUGUACAGGGGCCCAAAGGGUCAAUCUUGGAGAACCAUUUCCGUCAGGUCAUGGACCCUAGAGUCAGCCCUGAUACGCACGAGAGCUGGACGCGAACAUACGGCAAAACAUUCAGAUUCCAGGGCUUUGGCAGACAUGACUAUCGAUUACUUUCCUUGGAUUUUCGUGUCAUGAGUCAUGUCUUGAACUCUCCUGUGUAUGAGAAGCCAUGGCAGACACGUUCCCUUCUCUCCAGACUCCUCGGCAAAGGUGUUUUUGCCAUGGAGGGUGACGAACAUAAACAAUUGCGAAGACUGAUAAUGCCUUCCUUUUCGACGCAUGCAGUAAAAGCCUUGACACCGAUUUUCUUCCAGAAGGCCGAAGAGCUUCGGGACAUCUGGGAAACGUUGAUCAUGAAUCCUGAUUCUCCUCGCGACUUGCAACGCGGCAAGCUCCCCCCUCUCCCUCCUCCGCUAUAUAUCCCCGAAAAGCCCCUCGCUGAGCACAUCAUUGAUGCGUCCCACUGGAUAUCACGGGCAACUUUUGACGUGAUUGGCCUUGCAGGCUUUGACUACCAUUUCCAUUCACUCCAAGACGAGACCGAGGACGUAUAUCUUGCCUACCGUAGAAUGUUUGAUAUAGCCGACAAGGCACCCGGUCUCAAGGGCCUCAUUCAACUAUAUAUCCCAUGGCUGGAGAAAAUCUUGCCCGACGAAGGCGAACGCAUCACUCAAGAGAGUCUCCGGACUAUUCACCAGGCGGGUGUACGUCUUAUUCAGAGCAAGAAAACAGCUAUCCUCGCGGAGAAGGCUAGUUCUCAAGAAAUCAAAGAGAAAGACAUCCUCAGCCUUUUAAUCAAAUCCAACCUGUCUUCUGAUGCACCAUCUCGUCUGUCCGACGCCGAGCUUUUAGACCAAUUAUCGACAUUCCUCUUCGCCGGGUCCGACUCAACGUCACUAGCAAUUGCCUGGUGUUUGCAUCUUCUGUCUCUUCACCCCUAUGCGCAGGCUCGUCUUCGAGAUGAGAUCAUGUCGUUAUCGCCAUGUGCCUCCAGAACAUCGGACGGUCCCUCUGACUUGUCGCUGACUGACGCCAUCGACGCUCUCCCGUAUUUGGAUGCAGUCGUACGCGAGACUCUUCGCCUUUGUCCCCCAGUCCACGGCACGAUACGUGUAGCCACCCGCGACGAUCAGAUACCGGUUUCAUCACCGAUCCUUCUGCGCGACGGAACGCUUAUACGAGAGGGCGAGACCAUUCCUAUCAGAAAGGGCUCGUACGUACAUAUACCCAUUGAAGGACUCAACUUCAGCCCUGACAUCUGGGGCGAGGAUGCACGGUUGUUCAACCCCGAUCGAUGGUCGUCCCUUCCAGCAGCUGCCCGUACACCCGCCCACCCCGGCAUUGCCAGCAUGAUGACGUUCUCGUUCGGCCCACACGCUUGCCCAGGUUGGAAGUUCUCCCUUUUGGAGGCAAAGAUCUUCAUAGCGACACUCCUGCCCCACUUCGUCUUCGAACCCGCUGCCGAGAUACGGAAGACCAACUCAAUUCUCACGCGCCCAUAUGUAUACGACCAGUUCGAGUUUGGUUCGCGAAUGCCCAUCAAAAUUGGCCGUUAUACCCCCUAG